UCUGCUCUCUCAGUGUAGUUAGGCAGGAAAAUGGCAGAAACCAGUAUUUCAGUAUUUCAUCAAGAUCAGUUCCUCUGUCCAGUCUGUCUGGAUCUACUGAAGGAUCCAGUGACUAUUCCCUGUGGACACAGUUUCUGUAUGGUGUGUAUUAAUGUCUUCUGGGAUCAGAAUUAUCAGAGGAGAAACUACAGCUGCCCGCAGUGCAGAAAGACUUUCACUCGAAGGCCUGUUCUAUGCAGAAACUACAUGCUGGCUGAAAUGGUGGAGAAACUGAAGAAAAUGCAAGCUGCUUCUCCUGCUCACUGUUACAUUGGACCUGGAGAUGUGGGGUGUGAUUUCUGCAGUGGAAGAAAACUCAAAGCCAUCAAAUCCUGUCUGAUGUGUCAGGCCUCCUUCUGUGAAACUCAUCUCAAACCUCACUAUGAAGUUCAUGGUUUGAAGAAGCACAAGUUAGUCAAAGCCUCCUCACACCUACAAGAGAAGAUCUGCCCUCAGCAUGGCAAAGUGAUCGAGAUCUACUGUCGUACUGAUCAAACCUGCAUCUGUUAUAUGUGUUUGAUGCAUGAACACAGAGGACAUGAUACAGUUGCUGCUGUAGCAGAAAGAAGUAAGAAACAGAGUGGUCUAAAGAAGGAGCAGAGGAAAUUCCAGCAGAGAAUCCUGGAGAAAGAGAAGGUGGUCCAGGAGCUGAAGCAGGCUGUGGACUCUCUUAAGCGUUCUGCACAGACAGCAGUGAAGGACAGUGAGAGAAUCUUUACUGAGCUAAUCCGCUCCAUUGAGAAAAAGCGCUGUGACGUGAGAGAGCUGAUCAAAGCUCAGGAAAAGGCUGAACUGAGACCAGCUGAACAAGUCCUGGAGCAACUGGAGAAGGAGAUUGCUGAUCUUAAGAGGAGAGACACUGAGCUGGAGAAGCUCUCCCACACAGAGGAUCACAUCCAUUUCCUCCAGAGAUUCCAGUCUGUCUGUGUCUCUUCUGGAUCUGAGGACUCUCCCAGCAUCCCUGUCCAUCAACAUCUCUCAUUUGAUGGAGUUAAGAAAUUUCUUUCUGAUUUGAAAGAGCGACUAGAGGAAUUCUGCAAGAAGGAAUUCAACAAAAUCCCUCCACAUUCUACAGCAGUUCAGAUUUUAUUCUCAGUGCCAAAGACCAGAGAAGAUUUCCUGAAAUCUGCAGCAGUUCAGAGUUUACCCUCAGUGCCAAAGACCAGAGAUUUCCUGAAAUAUUUCUGUCAGCUGACUCUGGAUCCAAACACAGCACAUCGUCGCCUCCGUCUGUCUGAGAGGAACAGAGUGGUGACAGGGAGUGGAGAAGUCCAGCGAUACUCUGAUCAUCCAGAGAGAUUUGACCGCUGGGCUCAGGUGUUGAGUAAGGAGAGUGUGUGUGGACGCUGUUACUGGGAGGUUGAGUGGAACGGUGUGGGAUGGGUGUUCGUAUCAGUCUCCUAUAAAGGGAUCAGCAGGAAAGGACGGGGUAAGGAGUGUGUGUUUGGAUUCAACUCUCAGUCCUGGAGUCUGCGUUCUCCCACUCUCUCUUUCUGCCACAACAACAUUGAGACUGAGAUCCCAGGACCACCGUCCUCCAGAAUAGGAGUGUAUGUGGAUCACAGUGCAGGAACUCUGUCCUUCUACAGAGUCUCUGACACAAUGUCCCUCCUACACACAGUCCACACCACAUUCACUCAGCCCCUCUAUGCUGGGUUUGGGGUUUGGAGAAAUUCAACAAUGAGGUUGUGUGAUCCCAGCUAAUGUAUUUGUGGUAUAGUUUUUGUUGUGUUUUGGUAAAUACUAGAGAGAUGACAAAUUAACAUGAGCUUUAUCUUUUGUUUUACUGGUUUUAAGGUAGAAUAGCUGAUUGCUGCAAAAUGUCAAUACAUGUUAAAUUUUUAUUAUGUGUAUAAAGAUGUCUUGUGGCCGCAGACAUGUCUUGAAUUUUCCAUUGUAGAUUUCUUUUUCUCACAGUAUCACAUGUAGGAGGAGAACAGUAUGUUUGUAUUUUCCUGAAAUAAACUCCAUCUGAUACUGCUUCACCUACACAUCACCUCUCCAAAGACUCUUUACCCCCUACAACCUAGAAACCAGACACAGACCCUGUAGUUUCUCAUCUACUGUAUCUGGGAUUAACUGUAUUUGGCUACUCAAACUCAGUUUUGAUUUUAUCCUGAAGAAUUCAGUUUUCAUUGACAGUGUUGUGCUGCUUCCCUCUUGUGGUGAUGUACAGUAAUGCGUUAUUACUGUGCUCUAAAAUCUCUGGGACUGCAGUAUAUGGAGUUUCUCUCUCUCUCUCUCUCUCUCUCUCUCUCUCUCUCUCUCUCUCUCUCUCUCUUUGUUAUCAUCUAUUGCAGUGUCACAUGACCACACACCCUAAGGAAGUGAUCUAUUUGUCUGUUAUAGAUUAUGUGAUUAUUCAAAUCAUGAUAAAUGUGUCUUAUGUACGUAUGUGUGAUGGGGUUAAUUGUCAUGGAAUGCUCGCCUCCUGUGAGUUACGUGGUUUGGCCUGCCACAUGCAGUGGGAGGAUCUGUUUGUGGCCACGUCUGCACACACCUGCACCUCGUCUUGUCUAUGUAUUUAAACCCUAGUCUUGUGUGCAGUGUGUUGUUUUAACUAUAUGUAUCAGUUGUGUCUAUGUUUGCUUAAUAUCAUGUUAAAUGUUAGAAGUUGUUAGUGUGUAGUGUGCUUAUGUUAAUUGUUUGUGCUUACACAUGAGUGCCAGUUUUGUCCUUUGUGUUUUAUGUAAAUAAAUGUUAGCCUAUGUCCAGAGAUUCUGUGCAUUCCGCUCCAUGCCCUUUGGCACUCAGGCCACUGCGCGUUACAUUAAUUAUGGGGUUGACUAGGUUUUAAUAAAAUACUGAAUAUGUAUUGUGUUAAUGAUGCUGAUUAACCUUGAGUUAAUGACCACCGUAUUUAAUCAGUGUUUUCUGUUUUUAGUUCUUAUGGUGUUUAUGUGCAGUUAGUAAAUAAAGGAAACAUGAAUAUG